GGCUGGUGACAAAGAGCCAAACUGAUUCCAAAGCUUGCAGACCACACCUCCAGAUUGUGGUUUAAACCACAACGUCCAGGCAUAUAGUCAAAUCAGACUGAAGUUGGAACAGAGAGAGACGGCCGAGGCUAAGAUGGACGGAACAUCAGCUCAGUGAUCUGAAACAACUCUUUCCAUUAAAAGUCCAAAGACAGAAGCUCAUCCACGCAUCUGUUGGUGAAAGUUGAAAGAAGAGCAUCCCACUCCAAUCUCACCAUGGACUGGAAGACGUUAGAGGCCCUGCUCAGCGGGGUCAAUAAGUAUUCCACUGUGUUUGGACGCAUCUGGCUCUCCGUGGUCUUCGUGUUUCGAGUCAUGGUCUUCGUCGUGGCCGCAGAACGCGUCUGGAUUGACGACCAGAAAGACUUUGACUGCAACACCCGGCAACCCGGCUGCGCCAACGUCUGUUACGACCACUUCUUCCCUGUCUCUCACACCCGGCUCUGGGCACUUCAGCUCAUCUUCAUCACCUGUCCCUCUUUCAUGGUCGUGUUGCACGUGGCGUACCGCGAGGAACGCGAGCGCAAGUACCGCAUCGCGCACGGCGAGAACGCCCGUCUCUACGACAACACAGGACAGAAGCACGGAGGACUCUGGUGGACGUAUCUCCUCAGCCUCUUCUUCAAGACGGCCAUCGAGGUGGCGUUCCUCUACCUCCUGCAUCUCAUCUACAACAACUUUGACCUGCCGCGACGCGUCAUGUGCGACCUCUGGCCUUGUCCUAACCAGGUGGAUUGCUACAACAGCCGGCCCACAGAGAAGAGGGUGUUUACCUACUUCAUGGUAGGGGCGUCGGCUGUGUGUAUAGUGCUCAACGUGUGUGAGAUCUUUUACCUGAUAGCCAUCCGGGUGCUGAGGAUCAGUCAUCGGGGAAGCCUCCAUGCCUCGCCCAAGAAGAGGUGCUCUGAGCCGGACUGGAAUGGGUGUCAGACACCGGAGGCAGACUACCAGAAGGGCAACUAGGCUGACUUCACCAUGGAGAAAAAGAGUUGAUCUAUCUUUUAAGUCAGACAUUCAACUUUUUACAAUCAAAGCUUUAUUUGACGAAAAUCUUUAUUGACUAAAUGUUGUGAACUGAAUUCGACUGUAUGAUCAAUGUAUUUUUUUUUUGCCAAAUUCAUUGUAAUUGUUUUAUCAGAUUUUGUUUUAUUACGGACAGUGCGUGGGCAGUCCUUGGUCUGUACACUCCUCUACUAGGGUGUAAGAAGAUAACAGAAACAAGUUGCUCUGUCAGAUCUGCCUUUUAAACCAAAGAGAAACCGUCCCCUGAGUCCCAGAUUUUAAGAACAUUUAACCCAGAUCAAAAUUGUCCUGUGUUUUUGGAUGAAAACUAAUGCCGAGCGAUAAGUGCUUUUUAAGGUUGGUUCGGUUUAUUAUGAAAUAAAGCUUUUCAAUGUAAAUUCCAAAGCAAAAACAAUAGAGAUCAUUCAAAACGUUGAAAAUAUUCCCUUGUCUCUGUCAGGUCCACAUUGGGUAGAAAUAAAUAGGAAAUUACUACAAAAUAA